GCGAGAACCUGCCCUCUGAAGUGACGGGUUCUUCACGGCUCGAAUAGGUUCAGGCACACCUUUCUGGCGGCUACGAAGUAAAGGAGGCCUGCUCAUUUACUUUGGGACCCCGACAGCAAGCGGCGCCCAAGGUUUGGCUCUAGCAUCUACUCUUGCCAACACUACUAGUCCAAGCACCAUGCUGUUUACUUCGCUAUCAAACGCUUCUACCUCCACUGCUCCCACUGGGUUCUCAAUUGGUGCCCCAACAGCUUCGGCUAGAACACUUGGUGGUAUAACUUUCAGAUUUGGAUUAAAUUUCCCUGGAGCAGGUGCAGCAGCUUCUACUGCAGCUACUACAACUUCGACAACUACCACCACCACUGUUACCACCACCACCACCACUACUACCACUAUCACCAGUGGCUUUAUCCUGAACCUAAAACCGACAUCGACUGGGAUUAAUAACACUGUACCUUUUACUUCAACUGUUGAUGCAAUAGUAACUCCCAUAAUGACAUACGGUCAUCUUGAGGGUCUUAUAAACAACUGGAACCUUGAGAUAGAGGAUCAUGAGAGGCAGUUUCUUCACCAGGCCGCCCAGGUCAAUGCUUGGGGCCGUGCACUGAUUGAGAAUGGUGAGAAGAUUACUGUUUUACAUGCAGAAAUGGAAAAAGUGAAAUUGGACCAGAAAAGGCUGGAACAAGAAUUAGAUUUCAUCCUGUUACAGCAGAAGGAACUAGAAGCUAUGUUGACACCUUUAGAGGACUCUAUGAAGGAGCACAGUGGGCUGGCUUAUCCACAGCACGAAAAUGAGCGUGAGAAGACCUACAAAUUAGCUGAAAAUAUAGAUAUUCAACUGAAACGAAUGGGCCAAGAUCUCAAGGACAUUAUUGAUCGCCUGAAUGCAUUUGGAAAUCCUGUUGACCCUACUGACCCGCUCCAGCAGAUCUGCAAAAUUCUGAACGUGCAUAUGGACUCUAUGCAGUGGAUUGACCGGAAUUCAGGCAUGCUGCAAAGGAAGGUAGAAGAGCUAACACAGGUUUUCCAGGACAAUCGUUACAAGAAGUAGAAAUGCAACGUCAAGAACGCUUUUAACUGAAUAUCUUCAGCAUAUUGUUUUUGGAUUACGUAUUACCUACAAAUCCUGAUAUUAAAUAGAAUAGUACUUACAGUUGUUGUUUAAUCCUGGUUGCAAUAAAGAAUGCCUGCAGAUCUUUUUUCACUUCAAUACUGUGCUAUUGGUAAUUAUACUGUAGUUU